AUGAAGCCCGACAGCCCCCAGACCCCUUCUUUCUAUCUCAACAUUCAAACUGCCGACCCCAAUGCCGGCCUUGAAUUUUACACUGCACUUGGCUUUGUCUCUGUCAAGGAGUACUCGGACGACAAAACCAGGGCCUUCCGUCUGCCAGGCCCCAACCAUAACAUCUGCCUGAUGAUCCACGCCAACGCACGCUUCAAAGAGUUUAUCCGCCCUGGCAGUCAAGCUACCGACGCGACCAAGGUGACCGAAUGCCUCUUCUCCAUUGCUGUUCAAGACAAGGAGGCGGUGGACAAAUGGCUGUCCAGAGCGGUUGAGGCUGGUGGUAUUGCGGACCCCUAUACAUAUCCAAACUACGGAGCCGACUGCGGAAUGUAUACUCGCAGCUUUGCUGACCUGGAUGGACACAUGUGGGAGAUGGUGACGAUGAUUGGAAGCUGCGGCGGCGAAAAGGCUGACUCUUAA